UUUUCAUAAUCAUCAUACAGAAUCUAAAUAUGGAACGCUGUCUGUGUACGUCUUGGCACUAAUAGUUGCGUAUUUAUAAGUGACAUACGGGAAUAUUAGUUCAGUGUUGGCCGUGAUAUCGUCCACAGAUUCGCAACUGUUUUUUUUUUUAAAUUAAAAUAUUAAAACUUUGGGGGUUUGGGGAUCGCAUGCGUCUUUUAAAGAAGUGUAGUUUCGAAGAAUUCGUGAUGGAAUCGGGAAAUGAAUUUGAGAAAUGGCGAAACUCCGCACCAAGUUUCUAUGCCGCUCAGUCGAUUGAUAUGCGACACUACUCUUUCGUACACAACCUAGAUCCAACAGUUCGUGAAGGAUCUCAUAAAAAUGCCGAUGAUGUUUUGUUUGAUAUGUUUAAAAAUGAAGAAACAGGAUUAUUGCCCGUUGGGAAAUUUUUGGCCGCCUUGAGGACUACCGGAAUUAAGAAAAAUGAUCCUCGGGUUAAAGAGGUCAUGCACAAUUUAUACAAAGUUCACAAGGAAUCAAAUCUCGAAGGAGGAUCUCCUGAGACGCUGAAAUUAGACAGACAAAACUUUAAAGAAGUCAUAGCUCCAAAUAUUGUGUUAAUCACAAAAGCAUUCCGAAGCCAGUUUGUGAUUCCCGAUUUUCAAGAUUUCAUUAAAGACAUCGAAGAAAUGUAUUGGUCAGCUAAGAGUAAUACAGAUGGCAAAGUAGCUAGUUAUAUCCCUCAGUUAGCUCGUGCGAGCAGCGAAAAUUGGGGUGUUAGCAUUUGUACGAUCGAUGGACAGAGAUUCUCGAUUGGUGACGUCAACGUUCCAUUCACUCUACAGUCAUGCAGCAAGCCCUUAACAUAUGCGAUGGCGCUAGAAACCCUGGGCCCUGACGUGGUACAUAAGUACGUCGGCACGGAGCCAAGCGGCCGCAACUUCAAUGAACUCGUCUUAGAUUAUAAUAUGAAACCUCAUAAUCCUAUGAUAAACGCCGGAGCUAUUCUGGUUUGCUCGUUAUUGAAAAGCCUGGACAAGCCAGAAAUGACUUUAGCUGAAAAAUUCGACUACGUUAUGUCAUUCUUUAGUCGUCUAGCUGGCAAUGAAGUAUUGGGUUUUAAUAAUGCUGUAUUUUUAUCUGAGCGCGAGGCCGCAGACAGAAAUUAUGCUUUGGGAUUUUAUAUGCGUGAACAUAAAUGCUAUCCCGAAAAGACUAACUUACGUGAAUGUAUGGAUUUCUAUUUCCAGUGUUGCUCGAUGGAAGCUAAUUGCGAUAUAAUGUCCAUAAUGGCUGCCACUUUGGCAAAUGGUGGAAUAUGCCCUAUCACGGAUGAAAAGGUCCUACGACCUGAUUCUGUUCGAAACGUAUUAUCGUUAAUGCAUAGUUGUGGAAUGUAUGAUUACUCAGGGCAAUUCGCCUUUAAAGUAGGUCUUCCUGCUAAAUCAGGUGUUUCUGGAGCAAUGCUCAUUGUCGUUCCUAAUGUAAUGGGCAUAUGCACCUGGUCUCCUCCUCUUGAUCCACUUGGGAACAGCUGCAGAGGUCUUCAGUUUUGUGACGAAUUGAUCGCGAGAUUUAACUUCCAUAAAUACGACAACAUCCGAUAUGCAAGUCACAAGAAAGAUCCUCGCCGCUACAAAUUUGAGUCCACGGGACUCAGCAUCGUCAAUCUCUUGUUCUCAGCUGCUAGCGGGGACAUAAGUGCCUUGAGAAGGCAUCAUCUGUCUGGUAUGGAUAUGAAUCUGUCUGACUACGAUGGCCGCACAGCUCUUCAUUUAGCGGCAGCUGAGGGUCACUUGGCUUGCGUGGACUUUCUCCUCGCUCAGUGUAACGUACCUCACGACCCUCAGGAUCGCUGGGGAAGUCGACCGCUCAAUGAAGCCGAGACCUUCGGCCAUGAUGCAGUAGUACAAUAUUUGAAGGAAUGGGAGAAAACGCAUCCCAGCAUCCAAAAAGAGGAAACCCAACAAACCGUCGAUGAGAUCCUUGAGAGGAACAAAAGGGAGGCAGAUGAGGCUUUAAAAGAUCCAAGUAUUCAAGAAAUAGUAACUAGAAAUGGAGAUAAAGUGCAGUAAAGUACACGUUGCCGCCAUUUCAGUAUUAUUAUCGUUUAGAUGGGGCAAUAUGUAUUUAAAUACGACAUUCUUAAAAUAUACCUACUAUUAAGCGUUAAAUAUUUAUAACAAGAUUAGAUCCUUUAUCAGUGGAUAGAAACUAAAGUAAAUGUGUUAAGAUGUAUUUUGGUGGUACACAUAUUGUGACAAUAUGUACUUUGAAAUCUUUAACGUUCAUAUUACAAUUUUGAAACAUCUCAAGCAAUACCGUAUGAAGAAUCUCAAACAUGAAGUUCUUAUAUUAAAUUAAUAUGUUAUAUUUUGUCAGUUACAGUCUUAAGUUAAUAAUUUUUGAAUCUCAAGUUAAACUCUUGUAUGACUAUAAUAAAGUUAAUUUUAAUUUAUUCGAGAGGCUGUGAUUUGUUAUCUACUUAUUCAUUAAAACUAUAACAGAUUAUAAAAUGUUAAAUUGUUCUGUCAUGACAAAAAAAAAUGCUGCGAAAAAAUACUGACAACCUUCACAAAUAUAUAGAUUCUAUAGUUCUUAUGUCACUAUUUCUUUCUUUCUUUUUCUUUAUUUUAUUUCAUGUUAUUGCUUCAUGACCUUAAAUUUGUUUAACAUUCCAAACUGUCAAUGUUACCAUAAAAGAAUUAUGUAAUAGCCUCUAAUAAAAUAAAUAAAUAUAUUAACUGUUAACUUCCUUGACAUGACAAUAAUAAACAUUUAGUAUUUGUAUUUUUCAAAUAUCCUUAAUCAAAUAACUAAUGGUUGUAUAGAUGUCAAUCAAUAGAUAAAAAUUCCAAUAAAAAAGUAAGGAAAAA